AUGCCGCCUAUCGAGAGGGAUGCCCCUCGCGACUUUCUAGAUCGCCCACCGAGGCACCAGCACGCCGGGAGCAUCGAUCACGGCCGCAACGUGCCAAUGUGGGACUCAUCCGACCCCGACCGGGCCCCUCCCCCGCUCCCUCUGAACCCCCAAUCGCCCGGCGUGUCGACGUCCAAGGCGACCGGCUCGGUCGUGCAGGCAGCCCACGCCGCGCUAGCUGAAAAGGCGCGCGAGAACGCAUCGCUGGUGCCGCCGCCGCUGACCAAGCGCAGCACCAUCCCCGUCGACAACACCAACCCGGAUCGUCCUGCCCCCUUACGGACGGCCCAACACCGCCGCAUGCAGAGCCUGGGCCCGCCCUCCGUCAGGGAUAUGAGCAUGAUGAUCGAGGCCAAUGCUCGUGCUAGCCAGGAGAGUCUCGCCCCGCCGGCGCCACGAUCGCCCGAGAAGUCUAACUCUGACAGGCCGACUACCCCGUUGCGCGGGAGAGAGUCGGUAUUCCUCUCCGAGCCGAGAGAUGAUGCCCACGACCACCACCGCGAGCGCAGCAACUCCAGCUCUAACACGCCCAAGCCCGGCCCCAGCCUGACGCCCAUCAUUCGUCCUGCGGUGCGCCGCCCGGCCCAUCACCAGCCUAUCCUGGGCGAAAAUGCGCCGCCCCAGAGCGCGACCAUGCAGGCUCUGCACAGCAUGAGCACGCAGAGUAGUAACUCGAGCUUGCACAGCACCGCAUCCUCUCUCAACAUCAACCCUCCUAAAGAACCUACCCCCGCCUCGUCCAUCGACAGCACCCUCGCCGAUAUCACCAACUCCUCCCUCCCUAAGCCCGGCAGCGGUUCUCAGUCCCAAUCCCUGGAAGCCCUCGCCAGCCAGAUCUUGACCCUCACCAACAUCGCUGCCUCCCUGCAAAAGGAAAUGUCGCUCCUCUCCCGCCGCUCCCGCGACAAUGCCACCGACCUCAUGUCCCUCAAGGAAGCGACCAACGCCCGCGACGAGGACAUUCGUAAGAGUCUUCGCGAACUGAUCAACGACGUCAAGGCGCAGAAGGCGGCGGCCGCCGCUGCUGCCCAAGCCUCACCCGCAAAAGAUCCCUACGGCGGGCCGUUGAACGCUGGACCUGGGUCGCCCUCGCAGUUUUCCAAGUCGACUGGGUCUAGGCCGUUCAGUCUGCCUCGGAUCCCGAGCCCCAACAGCUUUGCGGCCACGUUGGAACGCGAGAGUAUGCUUAGUACCCCGAGCUUAGUUUCGGAGGGGUCGCCGGCGCAGGUGGCACUGUUGGAGAAGAUUAUUCGGGAGAUGGGGACUAAGGAGGGGCAGGAUACGCUACUUGCGAGGCUGAAUGAUCUGGGGAGUAAGCUCGCCGGGCUGGCGACUGGUGAGAAGGUGGAGGAAGUGGCCAAGUUUGUGAAGGAGCAACUGCAGGCUAACCAGAAUGCUAUUGUACCCGCCGGGCAUGCUGGUAGUGAAAGUGGUAAAGAGUGGGGGUAUGAUGAGCAUCUACCGUUCCAGCCUUCGCGGGCUGCGAACAGGACGCCCGCGCCGAAGAGUGCUUUCAGUGAGGAGCAGAGCCAGGCCAGCGAGGAGAUGCUGCGCACGCUGCGGACCGUGAAGGAUAGUGUUGCUCACGGCGGCGGCCUGACGGCCGAGGUCAAGGCUCUUGUCAAGGAGCUGAGGGGCGAGGUGUUAGGCAUGGGCAGGGAGCUUGGUAGGCGGCUCGAGCAGGUCGCUGAGCGGGCUGGGGCCGGUGUUUCGACUUCUACUGCUGUCGUCCCGGCCUCGUCUGCCACUGCGGCUAGUGUUGGCAUGACGCCUGCCGAGAUCGCGGCCACCACCAAGGCCGAAAUCUCCCGCGUCGUUGAGGAAGCCCUGCGCGAUCUGUCUCAGCAAAUGAGUACCACCCUCCGCAGACAAUCCUCCGUCCGCUCGCGCAGCGUGCCCCGCGCUGAGGUCGCCUCGGACUGGUCCAACCUCGACUACAAGGAGAUCUACAACUCCGUCCGCGCCGCACUCAAAGAUACCCAGGCCAUGAUGAACAAGCAGCGCGGGCAGGAACUCCGGCGCGAGGAUGUCAUGCUUGCCGUCAAGGACGCCUUCGAGAAGUACAAGCCUGAGAUCGAGAUCCAGCAGAUUGGCCUCGAGCGCGAAGAGGUCUUGACCUGCCUCCAGGAAGGACUCAGGGAGUAUGCGCCAAGGGAUGAUCGCCCCGCGGGGGCGACCAAGGACGAGGUCAUGCAGGUUAUUGAACAGGCCCUUCAGGGAUGGACCCCGCCAAAGGUCGAGAUCCCCCCCAAGCUUACCAAGGAAGAGAUCAUGGAUGCCGUCAGGGAGUGCCUGGAGGAGUUUGAGUUUCCUGUCCCCGAGGGCAGUGUUGCCAAGGAGGAUGUCCUUGCUGCUGUUAAGGAAGGGCUUUCGUCGAUGGCUCCUUCGGCUGAUACCGUGUCUAGAGAUGAUGUCCUUGACGCGGUUAAUGAGGGACUGCAGAACUUUGACUUCGGAUCCGUCUUUGCCGGCGCGCUGGUGCCGACGUCCGCGACAAAGGCUGAUGUGGAGAUUGCUGUAAAGUCUGGGCUUAAGGCGCUGGAUCUGUCGGAUGAGAUUGCCGAUGCUGUCAGGGAGGGCAUCAAUACGGUUGAGCUGCCGGAGAAGGUUGUCCAGGCAGUGCAGAGCACCCUGAAGGAGUUUGAUUUUGUUUCGGCCUGCUCGAGUCUUGUGCCGAGGAGUGAGGUUAACCAUGUGGAUGUCGCUUCUGCUGUGAAAGAGGGCAUUGAGAGCCUGGAUCUUGUUGCUCAGGUUGCUUCUGCCGUGGAGAAGGCCGUUAAGGGGUAUGACUUCUCUGAGGCGUAUGCUAAGGCCCUCGUGCCCCGGUCUGAGGCGCAGCAACAACAGCAGCAGUCGGGUGCUGGCUUGACGGCUGCGGAGGUAGCAUUUGCGGUCAAGAAGGGCCUAGAAGAGGCACAGAUCGGCAAGGAUGUUGCCGCUGCAGUCAAGGCGGCUCUGGAGGAGGCUGAUCUGGCGGGAAUCAAGACCGCGCUUGUACCUAAGAGUGCUGCCACCGCUGAUGCUACGGCACCCGCUCUCAAUAUGGCCGAUGUCUCUGAUGCCGUCAAGCAAGGCCUGGAGACUGUCGAGAAGAGCGUUACCGACGCCGUGCGCCAGGUCGUCGACCAGUUUGUUGCGCGCUCCGCUGAGCAGCUGCUUACUCGCGGGGAUGUACUCGAGGCCGUGAAGGAGGGCUUGAAGGAGAUCUCGGUUGGGGAGGCUCUCAAGAAGGAGCUCGAGGCGUUCGAUUUCUCGUCUAAGGCUGUGGUCACCCGCUCUACUGAGGGCGCUUCUUCUUCUGCCCCUGAAACCGCCGACAAGGAGCAGACGCUCAAGAACCACGAGGAAGUCAUCUCCCGUCUGCUCGAAAUCAAGGACCUGCUCCUCGCCGAAUUCCAGACCCUCCAAGACGAAGCCAAGCAGAAUGGCCGCGAUACCGACGAGAUUGUCGAGGCGACCAACGUCGGCUUCGAGAAGCUGCGUCUCGAUAUCGAGGGGUAUGUCGACAAGGUCCGUUCUGAAACCCAGCCCUCUGCCGACAUCGAGAAGCUCGUCGCUAGCCUCGACUCGUUCCGCACCGAAGUCGGCAAACUCCUCGAGAAGGCGGCUAAAGACUCCAAGACGGCUGUCAAGGAGGAGGUCGAGUCACUUCGUGAACUGGUCAACGCGUCUAUUGUGCCUGCUGCCCCCGCGAAGGUGGACCAUAAGGAGGUGCUCGAGGCCCUGCAUGAGGGGAUUGGCAGCCUCAAGGCUGAGAUUGGUGCUCGUCCUUUGGCUGGGCUCAACCAGAUCCUGGAUGCGCUUCAGGAGGGCUUUGGCGAGAUGAAGACCGGCCUGGAUGCCAUCCGCGACAAGCCUAAUAUUGUCGAGAUCGAGGACAAUGAGAUCAUCGAGGCAGUUCGCACGGGCUUGGAUGGCAUGCGCGCUGAGCUGGAGAAGCUGAAGGAGGAGCUCAAAGGCGAGAAGGCGCUAUCUGGCCCGAUCAACGAUAAGACGCUUGUGCCGGUCGAUAAGAUGCUUAAGCAGGAGGAUGUGAAGAAUCUGGAGUUGUUGGUUACCCAGGUCGCGGUGAAGAUCGAUGAGCUGAAGGGAACGAUCGCUUCCUCUAUCUCUUCCCUCUCCUCGGCGGCUCCAACUCCGCCGACGACUAGGAGCGUCGACUCCGCCGCCUCCCCCACAAGCCCGUCCUCAACCCCCCUCCCCGCUGGCAUCGAAGAAUCCCUCCGCAGACUCCAAUCCGACGUCGACGCCCUCGUCAAGCGCACCAACGAGCCCCUCCUCACCGACACCGCCAACAAAGAGGAUGUCCAAGCUAUCGAAACCAUCCUGCGCAACACCAAGGCCCGCUUGGAUGACCUUAUGGAUGGCGAACAGGCCGUGCGCAAGGACCACAUCGAUACCGUCGAGGCUUUGGUCCUGGAAGCGAAGGAUGCCUUGCGGGGCGUGAGUGAUAAGUUGGAGGGGAUGCCGAAGAAGGAGAAUGUGGAGGUGAUUGAGGGCAUGGUACUUGAGGCGAAGGAUGCCCUUCGCGGGGUUACGGAGCGUGUGCAGGAGCUGGCGGCUAAGGAGGAUGUUGCUGCUGUUGGGGAGCUGGCCGGUAAGGUUAUUGCUGGGUUUGAGGAACUGCGGGAGAGGUAUGAUAAGGCGCUGGCUGAUCCUGCUAGGGUGACCAAACCCGAUGUGGAAGCUGUUGAGGCGCUGUGCUUGGAGGUGAAGGGGAUUGUCGGUGAGGUGUUGAAGGGGGAUAUCGCUGCUCUGCCCAGCAAGGAGGAUGUCUCUGGCCUCGAGACCCGGAUUGCCGAGCUUAGGGAGCGCGUCGACGAGUACGCCAGUGCCAGUGCCAAGAGCCUAGAGGAUCGCCAGGCCGAGAUUGUCGGUGUCGGUGUUACCGUCAAGGAAGUCAAGACUGCGGUCGAGGAGUUUGAGAAGUUCAUGAAGGGCCGGCUCGAGGAUGGUGCGCGUGGCAUUGACGCCUUGUAUAAGUGCGUUGAUAAGGUCAAGGAUGCGCUUUCGAAGCAGAGCACGGCUAUUAGCGACGAUGUCAAGGAGGUUCUCAACACCGUCCGCGUUGAGUUCGAGGAGGCCAAGCAGGGCUUGGUUGGCACUAAGACUGAGCUCGACGAGAAGGUCCAGGCUGCCAAGGACGCGCUGAUCGCCAAGAUAGAGGACUCUGUCGAGCGUCUCAUCUCCAAGCAUGAAGAGCUCGUGCUGCUGCAGGACGAUCGCGCACAGAAGAGCGAGGCGCGCGAUGCUGAGCUCAAUGCCGCCGUCUCAGGCACCAAGACCAUCGCCGAGGAGCUCAAGACCCUGGUCGACACCCUCGGCGCUACCGUCACCGACUCGAUGGAGAAGAUGGAAGAAGCUAGCAAGACCGUCUUUCUGCGUGUCGAUGAGAUGGCCAACAAGAGCGAUGAGCAGUAUGCCGAAGCCAAGGCCGAGCACUCGCUUACCCGUGAGAAAGUCCAGGAAGUGGCUGGCAAGGUUGACAGAGUGCACAGCCAGGUUACUGAGAUGCAGCCCAAGGUGCUAGAUGCCCUCCAGGAGGCUAUGAAGAUGGUUGAGACGCAGUUUGAGACCCUCAAGGCUGCUGCCAUGGCCAUCCAGGACCGCGUUAACGAGCCGUACCCCGAGCCGGAGAAAUAUGACGACUCGGCGGUGCAAGAGAAGCUGGAUGCGCUUGUCGGGCACGCUCUGACAGCUGAUGAGCAGCUCAAGCAGCUUGAGAUUCUAGAGAAAGUGCAUGAGCAAGUCAAAGCGUCGCACGAGCAGCUGGCCGCCUUCAUUGCCGCCCAGACGAAGCAGAUUGCUGAUGAGGCUGAGGAGAGAGAGAAGAGGCUGGAGGAGAUGACAAUUUUGCUAGAGAGGAGGAAGGAGGAGAAGGAGCAGGUCGAAAAGAUGCUCAUUGGCCUCAGGGAGGAUGAAGCUCGUCUGCGAGAGGAGGUCACAGUCAAGUUGCCCGAGGAGCAAGCCCGUGUCAAGGAGCAAUUCGUUGCGGCGCUGCAGGCCGAGGAGACCAGGCUCAAGGAGGCCGUCGAGAAACGCGUCCAAGAGCAUGAAACCAUCAAGGAGCAGUUCCUGGUCAACCUCAAGGAAGAACACGCGCGCAUGCUUGAAUCUAAUGUCGUCCUCAAGGAGGAACAGGACCAGCUCAAGGAGAUGUUCCUUGCCACGCUCAAGGAGGAACAGGCUCGCCUGAUGGAGAUGAAUCUCCAGCUCAAGGAGGAGCAGGACAAGAUGAAGGAGCAGUUCCUGGCUAACCUCAAGGAAGAGGAAGCCCGCCUGAAGGAGGUGAACGACGCCCUGCGCGCCGAGCAGGCUGUCAUCAAGGAGACCUUCCUGGCCAACCUUCGUGAGGAAGAGGCCCUGCUCAAGCAAGCCAAUGAAGAUUUGCGUAAGGAGCAGGCUGCUCUGCGCGAGACCUUCCUCGCUGGCCUCAAGGAAGAGGAGCAGCGCCUGCGCGAAGAAAAUAACAACCUGCGUGCCAAGCUCAAGGAGGAAGAGGAGAAGCUCCGCGCCGAGCUCAAGGCCCGGCUCCACCAAGAAUCCGAGCAAUACAAGGCCCAACUGCGCGAGGAUCACGAAAAGUUCAAGAUCGAGCUGCUCGCCAACCUCCUGGAAGAAGAGGCCAAGCUCAAGGAGAUCAACGCUGCUCUCCGCGAUGAGCAGGAGCUUAUCCGUGCCGGCUUCCUGUCCUCGCUCAAGGAAGAAGAGGAUCGACUCAAGGACGGCCUUGCUGCCCUGCGUGCUGAACACGAAGACCUCGGCAAGCAGAAGGCUCGUCUGGCGGCCGAGCUGUCUAGCCUGGAUACGGCGCUACGGCUGCGUAGGGAGGAGCUGUACGAGAUGGAGGCUCGUGCCGAGAACCUCGAGAGGAGGAUCCUCGAGGGCGUUAUGGAUCACUCGCGCGUCCUGCUCAUGGCUAAGAGUACUCGGGUCAGUGGCCUGGUUGGUCGGAAGAGGGUUAGCACCGCUCAGGGCCAGAAGGAGGCGGCUGCUGCUGCUGCUGCUGCCGCUGCCGCUGCCGGCGUCAACAUAGCGCUCCGUGGUAAGAGUGCUUCAUCGGGUUCGGGCGCCAAUGCUGGUGCUAGUGCUGGUUCCGGCAACACGGCUGCUAAGGACGCCACUGGCAAGCGUAUCCUGUCCCUCAGCCAGAUCACGAAUAACCUCCCUUCCGGCGGACUCAAGCGCAGCCAGAGUGUUAGAGCCGCUGCGGUUGCGGCUGCGGCCGCCGCCCUCGGCAAGGACCGCAAAACCAGCUGGGCUAGCACCGCGUCUGGCUCUGGUGUCAGGAAGCCCAAGGGGUAUGGCGAGCUUGGCGGUCAUAAUAAGGAGAAUGUGGCUGAGGUCGAUGAGGAGGAUGAGGAGGGCCAGGGACAGGAGGAGGAUAAGUGGAGUGAUCUUGGGGAUGCUACCACGGCUGUGUCGGGUCACGAGGGGAAGAAUGACAAUGGGGAGGAGGAUGGUGAGCCGGAGAGGGUUAGAAAGGUGAGCAAUGGGACCACGGUGAUUACGCCUCCGGCUGCUGAUGCUGAGGGUGAUGAGACGGAGGAGGAUGAUGAUGAAUCUGAGAGUGAGUGGACUGAGGAUGAGGUUGAGCAGAAGAGAGAGACUCCUGUGAAGAAGGGGUCUGCGGCUACCGCAGCUACUGCUUAA